CCUAUCGCCUAUCUAUCCUAAUACAUGAUCGAAGUCUCAGACCGGACAUAUGACGUUUGACGUUUAAAGAUUAAUAAUUUAAGUCAACCGUCACUAUUUCAAUUUUUAUAAAAAACGUACUUUUAUCAAAGCUUUUUACUCCAAAAAUAAUUACUUUAAAUUGUGUUUUUAAAUGAUAUACUUAAAAUCAUUCUAUUCUUUCUAAGGAUUUAAUUUUUGUAGGUUUAAAAACUAUUCGAACUUUAUGUUCGUUUUAAAAUAAUGAGAAUAUAAAGGUUAAUUACGAGAAGAAAUGGCAAACAUUUUUCCUUUUAAUAAAAAUAAAUCCAUGGUUGGUGAAGAUGGUGUUGUAUGGACAAACCAAAUAGUUAAUCAAACCAGAAGUCCUUUAAAUUUUUCGAAUACUGAUGAUAGUUUAAACGAUACAUAUGCAACAGCAGUGGAUGAAAAUGAAAGUCAAUAUUUAUCAGUGUUGGAAUCACCUGUUCCACAUGAUAAUACUUCAGAUGAAAUGCAUAAUUUAACUUUGAGUAAUCAAAAACUAAUAAUUCAGGAUAGUGUUGAGUUGGAUGAUGAAACUGAACAUGAAAAUAAUUUUACAUUGACCGGUAAUGCAGAACAACAAGUUGUUAUUUUUAAUGUUGAAGGAUGUGAUGAAAUUUAUGGAAUUCAGCUUGCCGAGGAUGAUGAAGGAAACAUUCAUAAAUAUCAGUUUCAAUUUAGGAAAACUGAUGAUGGUCAACUUGAGGCAAUGCCAGAAACUGUUCAAUUGUUGCCUAAUGAAGAAGAACAGGAAGAUGAUGUGGAAUCUACCAAGGAACUUACAGAUAACACAGAAAACCAAAUAAUUGAAGAGAUUUUUGAAACUCCGAUUUAUUUAGAAGAAAAUAUAGAACAUGUAGAAAGUGACACUCAUUUACUUUUACACGAAAGUGAAGAAAAUGUCGAGGAAAAUGUCCUAGAAAAUAUUUAUGAAGAAGAAAAUGUGUCUUCGGAAGCUGUUGAUAACAAUUCUAUGAUGGUUUUUAUAAAACGAGAAGGAAUUGCAAAUAAAACACAAGAUGCGAACUUGGAUGAACAAAUGUUGGAGGAGGAGGAGGAAGAUGAAGAAACCGUUAUUAAUACAAAAAGAGAACUAGAACACAUAAAUAUAAAAGAAGAAUUAUUGUUAGAUAAAAAUGAAAAAUACCAAGAAAAUGAAUGUGAAUUGGAAUCUCAUGAAAGCACAGUUUUAGAAAAUCUAAAUGAAGAUUGUAUAUCUGAAGCUGAUUCAUACAACACUGAAGAAAUUCAUAAUGAAAAUGAAGAAACAAUAAUAACUUACCAGCAUUUUGAUGCACAAGAUAUGGAGGAUUAUGAUGAUACAGAAACUCUAGAUUCUCAUCCAAUCCAGAUUGAGAAAGAUCAGUACAAUGAAGUUUUUAUUGAAGAAAAAUAUCCUGAUGAUCAAGAAAUUCAACAAGAUAAAAGUGACAGAGCUACUAAUAAUGUACUUAUUGUUGAAAAAGGAUCAAUAACGCCAGAAAUUGGAGAUUAUGAAAUUGUUGAAGGGCUUCCUGUUACAGCUGACGGCGAAAUUAAUGAAGAUACUUCAAACUAUUACCAGGAACCUGAAGUUUUAUACACAGAACCCGAUCAAUUUGCAGAAAUGCAUACAAAAGAAAAAUCGUUACAAAAAACUACGAAUAUCCUUAAACAACCUACGAACGUGAAUAAAACCACCAGUACUAAAAAGAAGAUCCUCUAUUACACGGUGUCCAAUACAGAUCAAAAAGAAAAUCUAAAUUCUCUCUCAAAUCCUCGCAGUUUAUUGAAAAACAAUUUGGAAAAAUUGGCCAACGACGAGAAUCUGAAAAGAAUUCAAAGAGAAAAAUUGCUUGAGAGACGUUACGCUCGCAGCAAAGAAGCCAUACAGGCCAAGAUGUUUCACAAUUUCAUAAAUAGAACGACCAUUCCUCAAGCUCCAAUCCGACAAACCCGACUACCAAGAAAACAAGAAAUAAAACCAGUGGAUGCCAGAAGGAACGAGGAAAUCAUCGUAAAGGAAGUGAUGGUGUCGUCUAAAGGUUUCAUAGAAAGCGUCAGUGAAAGGUUGAAGAGUUUAGACAAAUUAGAGGUUACUAGUAUAGUAGAACUAAGCGAUUCCGACGAAGACUACGGCCCCAAAAACGGGACCAAAAAGAAAAAGAAACUCAAAAAGACUAAAAUAACCAACAAUGACACUUCAGAUAACUCUGAUGGUGGUAGCAUCAUAGAAAUUAUACAAUCAGAUGACGAACUUGAAAAUGUUGAAAGUGUGAAAUAUAUUCGCGGCAGGACCAAAAAAUACGUUGAAGAUAAAUUAAAAAGGAUAAGAGGUAGACCGACGAAAAGUGGAGACGAAGGUUCUCCACAAAAAAAGAGCCGCACAGAAGAAUCCAGUGAAGUUGAAAGCGAUAACGGGAAGAAAGAAAUCACCUGUCCGCAUUGCCCAAAGACGUUUCCCAGUCAGAACAGCCUUUCUACACACAUACAACAUCACAAUCUAGAAAAUAGUUUACAUAGUUGUAAGAAAAUUCCUCCCACAGAGUACAAAUACAAGUGUGAUAACUGUAAUGAAUCUUUUAAGAAUAGCAUUUUAUUAAAACGACAUAUUUGUAAAUUUCAACAAUCGAAACACUUGUGCAAUGUUUGUUCUAAAUCUUUCAAAGAUGUAGUCUUAUUUAAUAUCCACAAGAAAACCCACGUUAAAGAAAACUUAGUAAAAGCGACCAAUACUGUCACCAUAUCUCCGAAGAAAUUUUUACCUAGACCAUCGACCAGUGCAUUCAAGGCGCCCGUUAAUCCGAAACCGUCCUUCAAAUGCAAGGAAUGCUCGAAAGUUUGCUCGACUCAAAAUUUACUGUUAAUUCAUGAGAAAACUCAUAAGAAAUUUGAUUGUAACAAUUGUAAUAUGACAUUCCCUUCCAAACUGUUAUUGGACUCUCACGUGAGGAUAAGAUGUGUGAAGAAAGUAGCUCCUACUCCUAAGGACAAGAGGUUGUCAUUUAAAAUUAGAAGGUCCUAUGUCCACUCUCCACGAACUUUAAAAAAAUCCGUAUCGAGACAAAGUAAUAUAAUCCCGACUAACGCUGGGAGUAAAUCGAGUACAAAUAUCAAUAAACCUAUGGACACCCUAGAUGUACCGAGUACAAGUAACAAUAAUUCUGUAUUGAAUACGAGCAAAAUGUCAAGCAGCAUCAACCAGGGGCUAAAUACGAGUAGUAUGAUUAGAACUGUGGAUGUUGAAGUCCGGUGCGAUUCUUGCCCAAAGAAAUUUCGUAGUUUGACGACCAUGUUCAAACACAAAGUUAAGGAUCAUGGUCUUUCUACACCAGACAAGAAAGUUUUUGAACCUCCUAAGAGAUUACUGCAUAAACCGCUUAACGUGCACGGAGGUAUACCAGCUCCUCCCGGCGUAAACAAAGCUUUUCAAGAACUAAGGAGGAAAUUAUUAUCAUACUCUGAUGAGUCUGAGGAGUCCAAGAAACAAUAGAUUUAUUGUACUCCGUUUUCUAACUAACUUUCAAAAAUGCCAUGCAACUUUUAUAAAAUUAUAAUUUUUUUACUUUUUCGUUGUGCAGAAUUGGAAUAUUUUAUCUAUUUCGAUACCAGUGAACUUGAAAAAUGAGCAGUCAUAUAAACAAAACAUUGUUUCAAUGACAUGAUUUAUAUAAAAACAUUUUAAUGAAAUUAAUUAUUUUAUUAUAGUUUUUUCCUUUCCACUAAUACUUUAAAUUGAUUUAAAUAUAUUGAUUAUUAUUAUUAUUAUUAUUAUUAUAAUGGACAUCAUGAAAAUUAUAUCUUAUUAUUUCAUUGUUAAUUUGUAAUUUAUUUUUAAUUUCUAAAAUAUUUACGCAAUUUAUGGACGUUAGUUAGUUCUAUUACAAUAAAUGCUCAAACAGCUUAUAUGUAAAACCAAUUUUUUUUAUCAACUGAAUCUUGGAUAGCCGGGCUUUAUAUACCAUGGUCUGUGCCAUAAUGAUUGAUUAUGAUCCAAAUUAUAUUCUGGCGUAAAUUAAUUAAAAAGUUAUAAACAAUAUUAUCAUAAGUAGAACCCCUGUGCCUUAGGCAUUAUGAGUGUGUUUAUGGUAACCAUAUCGAAGAUAUAAUAAAAUAAACCAAUAAUAAGCAAAUAGAAAAUAAAGUAUUUUUGUUAUUAAUUAACACUGAUUUUCAUCACGUAAAGACCAAAUCAACGUUUAAAGUUUGUAUAUAGAUUUACAUCAUUCAUUGUCAAAAGAGUAUUUUUGUUGGUAUUUUUCAAAUAUUGAUUCAAACUUUAUUCAUGUAUUUUUUCAUUAAAAUACAGUAAAUAGCCAUUAAAAUACUGUCCGAAAAGGAGUUGUCAUUUUGACAUUGAAAAUGAUAUCUAUAAUAUGUCAAUUUGAUACGCCAGAAUAUAAAACUGUACAAUAUCCCUUAAUCCCUGAUACUACAUCAUCAAAUAAUACUAAAUAGUAAAAUCACAGAGUUGUAUAUAAGAUUGCAUUCUGCUAUGCAGACUAAUAGAAAUAUAUUAUAAUAUUGGUACUUUACAUUUUUAAGUAAUUUAUGGCAAUAGUUUUAUAAAUUUUUUAAUUGUACUGAAUGAAUAAUAGUAAUACAUUUGUAGACAUUUU